AUGCCCAGCCACCGAUCCCAGAUCGUUCCCCGCUACCCGGAGGGCUACCGUACCCUCCCCAGGAACAUGCUGUCCCGACCCGAGAGCAUCUGCAGCAUGGCCGGCUCCGUCUACGACCGUGCCCUGGCUCCCGCAUCCAACUCAGGUGAUGGGUCUUCAGCUUUACUGUUGUACUUGGCUGUGUCCCAAAUGGCACCCCAUUCCCUAUGUAGUGCACUGCUUUGACCAGGGGCUAUAGGGGAUAAGGUGCCAUUUGGGACGCAGUUCAAGACUUUACUUUAACAAACAGAUCACCGACCAUUUCGAAUCCCACCGUACCUUCUCCGCUAUGCAAUCCGGUUUCCGAGCUGGUCAUGGGUGCACUUCAGCCACGCUCAAGGUCCUAAACGACAUUAUAUAACCGCGAUCGAUAAUAGACAGUACUGUGCAGCCGUCUUCAUCGACCUGGCCAAGGCUUUCGACUCUGUCAACCACCGCAUUCUUAUUGGCAGACUAAAUAGCCUUGGUUUCUCAAAUGACUGCCUCGCCUGGUUCACCAACUACUUCUCAGAUAGAGUUCAGUGUGUCAAAUCGGAGGGCCUGUUGUCUGGACCUAUGGCAGUCUCUAUGGGGGUGCCACAGGGUUCAAUUCUCGGGCCGACUCUUUUCUCCGUGUAUAUCAAUGAUGUCGCUCUUGCUGCUGGCGAUGUCAUUUACAAAAUAGCCUCCAACACUCUACUCAGCAAAUUGGAUGUAGUCUAUCACAGUGCCAUCCGUUUUGUCUCCAAAGCCCCAUACACUACCCACCACUGUGACCUGUACGCUCUUGUUGGCUGGUCCUCACUACAUGUUUGUCGUCAAACCCACUGGCUCCAGGCCAUCUAUAAAUCACUGCUAGGCAAAUCCCUGCCUUAUCUUAGCUCAUUGGUCACCAUAGCAGCACCCACCCGUAGUCUGCGCUCCAGCAGGUAUAUCUCAAUGGUCAUCCCCAAAGCCAACACCUCCUUUGGCCGCCAUUCCUUCCAGUUCUCUGCUGCCAAUGACUGGAACGAAUUGCAAAAAUCUCUGAAGCUGGAGUCUCUUAUCGCCCUCACUAACUUUAAGCAUCAGUUGUCAGAGCACCUUACCGAUCACUGCACCUGUACACAGCCCAUCUGAAAUUAGCCCACCCAACUACCUCAUCCCUAUAUUGUUAUUUAUUUUGCUCUUUUGCACCCCAGUAUCUCUAUUUGCACAUAAUCUCUUGCACAUCUAGCAUUCCAGUGUUAAUACUAAUUGUAAUUAUUUUGCACUAUAGCCUAUUUAUUGCCUUACCUCCAUAACUUGCUACAUUUGCACACACUGUAUAUAUAUUUUCUGUUGUAUUUUUUUAUUUACUUUAUGUUUUUUUACCCCAUAUGUAACUCUGUGUUGUUGUUUUUAUCGCACUGCUUUGCUUUAUCUUGGCCAGGUCGCAGUUGUAAAUGAGAACUUGUUCUCAACUGGCUUACCUGGUUAAAUAAAGGUGAAAUAAAAAAUAAAAUAAAAUACUGUUAUACUUGUCUUUCUUGCACUUAAACUCACACUUCUUCUUUUCUUUCUGGCACUGAUUUUGCAGAUAGUUGCUAUCUUGAGGUUGUACACUUUUACUUGUAAUGACUGAUAUAUUGUGUUUGUUUUAACCUAGUUUAAGUCUGUGUGGAUAAGAGCCUCCGCAAAAUGACUAAAAUGUAAAACUGUAAAUGCAGACAAGAGGCGCUCCAUGAGGGAUGACACCAUGUGGCAGCUGUAUGAGUGGCAGCAGAGGCAGGCCUUCUCCAGGCAGGGUCCACCACCACCAGGCCACUACGGAACCCUGCCCAGCCCCAAGACGAUGGGGAACAUCUCUGAGCACCAGGGGGUGGCCCACUCCAUCCCCACAUCCCCCUCCCAUGGAUCCCUGGCCCUCUACCACACCUUCUCCCCUCCGGGCCAACACCGCAGAGACAACCCACCAGGGUCGACCAGGUCCGAGGUGUCCUCACCCGUCUUCAGAGGGGACCAGACUAUGACUAUAGACCGCAGGCACAGGACUCACCUCACCAAGGUAAUGGACAGGGAAUGGACCACAAUCAUCUAAGCCAGUCUUACACAUCAAAAUAAUCACCAGGGGUUUCAAGCACACAGAAAUGACUGGAAAUGCUCUGCAUUGAGCAGUAGUUAUUUUGUUUAUUUUAAAGCAUUCAUUUUACUUGUCUGCCAGUUCAAAUCAAUACAUGUAACAUAACAUCCUGUCCUCCUCCUGUCCUGUCUCUCUCUCUCAGUAUAACAACCCACCUGACCGCCGGUCCAUGCCAGCAGGCAUCCCAGUGCAGACCAUUACCCCACAGUCACUACAGGGCAAGACGGUGAGUCACCUAACUAACCCUGACCUCCUUCACCUCUUCUCUGCUUUCUUGUCCUCCUCUCCUGUCCUGUCCUCUCAUCUCUACUGUCCUAUUUUCUCUCAAAAACAAUGCAUUGUGAAUGAUAGUUAUGCUAUUGGUAUGAUUUCAAUGUGACGCAAGUACAAAUCUGUUUUUGUGACAGGAAUAAAAACAUGUUUGAGGCACGCAAUGUUUGACACGCAAGCUAUCAUGUAUUACUGUCAUUCUGUCACGCUACAAUGGAUGUGUAAAGGAUUUCUGUCAGAGUAUGUGCCUUGUUACAUUAUCUGCUGUCUAUUAUUGCAAGCAUUUGUUAUUUCUGUCAGUAGCAGACACAAUGUGAUUAAAAUAAUGACAUUGUCUUGGUGAUGAUACGGAGAGAGAGAGACGGUGGCACCAAUGAAAUUGCCUUCUGGCUGUGUCCUCUCAAAUUGAGUAGACUAGAAUCAGCCGGAGAGAUUGAUAUUCUGCACAGUUCAUUUUGUAACUCUCUGAAUAUUAUUGUGAUUGCGUAACUUCAGUGGAAUGCACGCAGUGGGGCGGCUUCAGAAUGCAGUUGAUGAGAAAUAUUUGUCAAGUGAUUUGAAAUGAUCGCUUUUUACUGUUACUGAAUAUAUGCUCUCUUUUUUUCACGUCCAUUUGAUGGAGAGUUACUCAGUUUGGAGGCAGGGGACUAAGGGAGUUUAUUUCAGGCAGAUUCUCUAAAGGUGCAAGUCCUAUAGCCCAGCCCCAGCCGAGACCCCAAUCCAGUGUUUCCAAAGGCCUCUUGGGUUGUGCCUAAAGACUUGUCAGAGUCCUGGUUAGAAACAUAGCUUUUUUGAAUCCCUGCCCUAACCUGCCACUACUUUUCCUAAAUUUCAACUAAUUUCCAAACGGAAAAUCAAGAGAGGUGUGGUUAAUGUAUUUGUUAAUUGAUCGACGGCUUGAUGAAUUGACUGUCUCGUUAUCUCCUCUGUGUUUAUGCUGUUGUGCAGCCAGAGGAGCUGACCCUGCUGUUAAUAAAGCUGCGGCGCCAGCAGGCUGAGCUCAACAGCAUCCGGGAGCACACUGUGGCUCAGCUAAUGAUCCUCAGCAUGGAGGGGCCCAACGCCAAGGUUAGCACCAGGAGGGAGGAGGGUGCAUUGGUCAUCUCCAGGGUUGGUCAUCUCCAGGGGUGGUGUGGGUGGGUGGGUGGGUGGGUGGGUGGGCGUUGAUGUGCCAUCGCCAUGCAGCUCAAGGCUCUAUGAGCAGGCUAUGCAUUCUAGUGAAUGCAUAUUAUGUGUUUGCUCCUACCUGUGUGGUUCAGUGGUGUAUGGUUGAGUUUUGGUUUAGUUUUGAACUCCUUUCAACCCUUUGGUGUGCUGCGUUCAUCUGGCCUUGAUUUCAUAUUUUGAACUGUUGACAAGCAUAGGACAGCAUGGUAUGAGUAUCAUGUGAUUGCCUGCUUGUUGUCUGCUGUGGUUUCUCAUUAUUUUUACGAGGCAAGUGUUGGUAAGUAGUUUGAUUGGAUGUGUGGUGAACAAAUCCUCUUGCAACUUCGGGUUUUGCAUGGUUUGGUUUAGUUCAGUCAUCAACAGUAAAUGGCGCUUCAUGCUUCAGAUUAAUACCAAAGCCACAGUAGCAACUUCCUCUAUCAUCUCCAUCUUUCACUAUCAGCCUGUGCUAGUUCUGCCUCUAUUUCCUACUGCUUCCUUACUCUCUCUCUCUCUCUCUCUCUCUCUCCCUUCUUCUCUCUUUCUCUCCUGUCUAACUCUUCUCUCCUCCCUCUUUUCUGCUGCCUUGUGAUGUUAGAGUGAGGUCCUGUCUCAUCACCUUCAGAGGAACCUCAUGUAUCUGGACAGCCAGGUGAGGAGUACGGCUCUAUCUCUGGUUGCUCUGUCUCUCUCUCUCUCACUCUGUCUGUUUCUCAGGGUUAGGCACUCCUCAGGGUUAGUCAUACACCCAGCUGCUCUCACUCUGCCCAGGGUUAUUAGCGCCUCAAAUGCCAGGGUCUCCUCCUUUUUGCCUUUUCUCUUUUCUGUCCUUUCUCUCUACUUUUCACUCUUUUCUCUCCGGCCCUCCUGAAGUAUAUACCGUACACUGCAUAAUAGGAGCUGUGCAAACCUGCAUUCCCACGGGAGACAUAUUGGCUAGCUCAGUACAAGAAUAGUAAAAAAUACUUUAAAACUUUUUUUAACGACUUUCCUUGGCGUGGUAAUGCUGCCCUAAGCUAAUAAGCGUACAUGUUUCUUUGCUGUAUAGUUCGUACAGUCCCUGGAGAAUACUAUUUAAAAAUGGAAUUCCCGCUUGAGAAAGCACGAGAGCAAACUUAAACUUUUGAGGAUGAAGGGAACCUUAAGGCAUGUUGUGUUUUUAACUUGAUGAUGUGUACCUGUAGUAAGUUAGUCAUGUCAUUAUCAUAAUGUAAUUAAGACUAUAUAGAAACAACCUCCGGGGUUUCAGGUAAAGUAGCUAGGCCUAGCGACCGAACGUUCUGACUAAUGCUUACUCAGGCAUAGCUAAUCAGGGCAGACGUCUAAAGUUGCCGUUUAUUUUUGGAAUGGGCCCUCCAGUUGAGAACUGGGUUUCCACGAUAGAUAAAUAAUUGAGUACCUGUUUCUGAAAAGGUCAUGUUCAGCAGGAGAAACCACUCUACCGUGUGUACACGGGGACCUCACUUAGUGACUUCACUGAGUCUGAUUGUGACCCCUCUUAACCAAAUGUGAAAUGAUUUGAUCUGCCAUUUCAAAGGCUUUCACCUCUAAUGGCAGGCAAUUUCACAGCGGUUAUGAAUGAACUUUAACUCGCCACUGCGCUCGUUCCCCUGGUCCAUAGGCUCUGAUGCAUGCAAUUGUUUUGCUAUUAGUUGGUAGUUAUUGGUCGGAGAUGAUAUGAACGAUGACAUUAAGCAAAGCAGGACGUUAUGUCUCACCUCCGUCUGCUGAGAGGGACUGGCAAUAUUGUCUUUUGGACCCAACUGUAGCCUCCUUGUAUGUGCUGUAAACGUACUACGACUUCUCCUAAGAGGUCUGGGCCUUUAUGGCACAGGUGGUAGUUAUAACCACAGGGUUGUUGGCUCAAGCCCCUGUCUCCCUCAAUCACUAGUACACUAUGACAACACUGUGUUCUUUAUUUCUAUGGAUCCUUUCUAGGCUGUGCUGCUGUGUUCACUAACUAACACCUAUAUUGUACUGUUGUGUAUUGUUCCUCCCUUCUCUUCCACCCUACCUAACUUCGAUCUCCACUAGACGAAGGACAAUGAGCCGUUAAUCUUCAUGAUUCACACUAUGAUUGAGAACUCUGCUCCAAGGCCUCAACUGUACCAGCAAGUAAGGUCUUAUUGGCAAACCAAUGACUCUUCUCCUCCACUGCUCUCCUCUCCUCCCUUCAUCAUCGAUCCCUCCUGUUUUUGUUCACAUUGGAUGCAGUCAGUCAGUCGUCGGUUCCCCCUCUUCCUGGUGUCAUGAUCACAACAUUGUUUGAUAUGUACCUUCAUGUGUUGUUUUGACUACAGCACAUCCUCUUCAUCCAUUUUUGUUUUUUUGGUCAGUCCGAGGUUGGACUGAUGUUAGCAUGGCUUAUGGUGGAUGCUACAUAGCCAUGCCCAUCCUACCUCAUUGUAACUUGAUGGUAUUGUUGCUGUUGGGUAUGAUGGUGGAUGCUACCUUUCAGCCAUACCCCAUCUUCCUGCAAUACCAUUGCUGUUGUUGAUGGAUCUUAUGUUUGAUAGGCACUGUACGAUCACAGUCAAAUCAGCACCUCUCUUCUCUGUGCUUUGUAAUAUUAUUUUCAGUCUGUCGAUAUGUGGGUAUGAUAAGAGCUCAAUGCAAAACAUUUUAUUGAUGAAUUCAAUAGAAUCACUUCCUUUUUUGGGUGGUGGCCCGAGUAGAACAGUGAUUCAAAGAGUGCAUGGGGAAUUUUAUUUUUAGCUGGGGAAAUUGUCCUCGAGGGAGUAGUGUGUGGGUUCCAUAGUCUGGCCUUUCCACUGUGCUAUAUUAUCACUUUAUUACAGGCUUUUAAAUGUAUGACUUCAGCCCUGCUCUCUUAAACCUCCCCCUCUUUAGCCAUCCUGGGGUUGAAAAUCACCUGCCUGCUCCUUAACUGAAGUAGUCAGGAGAGUGAGGAUGGCUGGUUUUCCCAGCUGUGUGUGUGUGUGUGUAUGUGUGGGUGUGUGGGUGUGUGGUAUGUGUGUGUGCGUGCGUGUGCUGUGUGCGUUAAUGUGUGCGUUAAUGUGUGUGCCUCCAUGAGGGCCAGAUUUAGCCCAGGUCUUUUAGAGGUUUUCAUUAGUCAAGCUCCAGCCAUGACAGAGUGGACCGGGGGACAGCAGUAAUGAAGAGCGCACCGAGGGGACAGUAAUUAGUGUGGCACAGGGCAGAGCUGCCAGCACAGAGGACUAUACAUCCAGCUUAGCCAACCACUACAGCAGUCAUCUAGCCUCUCUUAAAGCUGUGUGUGUGUAAGAGCAUCCUCCUCUAGUCUCUGGUGACCUCCUGAUGCCAGCUUCCUGUCCUCUUCAUAGCUUCUUCACAGCCCUGGAGCCUCCAUCAGUAGGACUGUUAUCAGUGAUGCUACCGAGGUGGAAAACACAGUCUGAUUUCCCAGCAGAGGGGGCUGACACUCCUUAUUAUGAAAUUGAAAUUUGGCCUGAGAAGUUGUAUCCGAAGUGUUGUAAAGGCAUAAAUAAUGAGAGGAGAAGGUCAAUGAAAUUGCAUGGAGAACUCCAUCACUUCAUCCUCUCUCUCUGAGCUUCAUUGACCCUUGGACAACUCUUAUAAGGACGCAGAUAUUUACCAUGAAAACCACAUCACAAUGAAUAACCAGACCAUGAGUGCAUCUCAAUACUUUAGUGGCCUCUUCUCCUUGUGUCAUCUCCUUCAUCUGCACUGAUCGGAAGACACGGGACGGCUGUAAGCAAUAUGGUGGAUACCUACUAGAAAUGUCAUUUCACCAGUCCAGUUCUUUAACUAGGAGACAAGUAGACUAUUGAGAAGCACCCCGUCAUGGGUCUGUGUUACAGGUUGUUUUGCAGUACCCUGUCUAUGGCUGUCUUCCAACAGGCAGCCCAAUUCUGAUAUUUUUUCAAAUAAUUGGUCUUUUGACCAAUCACAUCAGAUCUUUUCAAAUCAGAGCUUUUUCAGAGCUGAUCUGAUUGGUCAAUAGACCAUUUAGUGAAAAGAAGAUCAGAAUUGGGCUGCCUGUGUAAACACAUCAUGUGUGUCUCUAAGGCUGUCUGGUGUUUCAGAUCAGCCCUGAGGACUACAAAGACAACUCCUACAGCCACCAGAGGCCAGAGGACAUCGACAUAGACGUAAGACCAAGUGCUUUAUUAUUUUCUUGUCUAGGUAGGGGGAAAAGUAUUCCUUUCCCUUUGCACGUAUCCUCUAGUCUAGACACACAGCAGUUGGCUUCCUAGACAAAGAUUGAAAUAUUCAAUUAAGUUAAUAGAAUACCACACUGCUCAGCUCGGUGGAAAAAUCCAAAUUCAAUGCAGAAUUCUUACCAACCACUGUGUGUGUGUGUGUGUGUGUGUGUGUGUUUCUUACCAACCACUGUGUGUGUUUUUGUGUGUUUCAGACUAAGCUGAGCAGACUGUGUGCGCAGGACCGAGUGGUGAGAACACAGGAGGAGAAACUACAGCAACUACACAGAGAGAAGGUAACUACUGUACACACUCUUUCAACUGACAACUUGCUUCACACAAACACACACCACAAACACACACUGGGCUGUCUGAGGCUGGAGUAGACCUUUAGCAUGGUGAAGUUAUUAUUACACUUUGGAUGGUGUAUCAAUACACCCAGUCACUACAAAGGUACAGGCGUCCUUCCUAACUCAGUUGCCGGAGAGGAAGGAAACCGCUCAGGGAUUUCACCAUGAGGCAAAUGGUGACUUUAAAAGAGUUAGAGUUUAAUGGCUGUGAUAGGAGAAAACUGAGGAUGGAGCAACAACAUUGUAGCUACUCCAUAAUACUAACCUAAUGGACAGACUGAAAAGAAGGGAGCCUGUACAGAAUACAAAUAUUCCAAAACAUGCAUCCUGUUUGCAACAAGUAGUACUGCUAAACAUGUGGCAAAGCAAUUCACUUUUUGUCCUGAAUACAAAGUGUUAUGUUUGGGAAAAAUCCAAUACAACACAUUACUGAGUACCACUCUCCAUAUUUCCAAGCAUAGUGGUGGCUGCAUCAUGUUAUGGGUAUGCUUGUAAUCAUUAAGGACUGAGCAGUUUUUCCAGGAUAAGAAAUGAACGUAAUGGAGCUAAGCACAGGCAAAAUCCUAGAGGAAAACCUGGUUCAGUCUGCUUUUCACCAGACACUGGGAGAUGAAUUCACCUUUCAGCAGGACAAUAACUUAAAACACAAGGCCAAAUCUAUACUGGAGUUGCUUACCAAGAAGACUGUGAAUGUUCCUGAGUGGCCGAGUUACAGUUUUUGACUAUAAUCUGCUUGAAAAUCUAUUGCAAGACCUGAAAAUGGUUGUCUAGCAAUGAUCAACAACCAAUUUGAAAGAGCUUGAAGAAUAAAAAAAUAUAUAAUGGGCAAAUGUGGCACAAUCCAGGUGUGGAAAGCUCUUAGAGACGUACCCAGAAAGACUCACAGCUGUUGAGUGGCGCAGUGGUAUAAGGCACUGCAUCGCUGUGCUAGCUGUGCCACUAGAGAUCCUGGUUAGAUUCCAGGCUCUGUCGUAGCCGGCCGCGACCGGGAGACCCAUUUGGCCCAGCGUCGUCCAGGGUAGGGGAGGGAAUGGCCGGCAGGGAUGUAGCUCAGUUGAUAGAGCAUGGCGCCAGGGUUGUGGGUUCGAUUCCCACGGGGGGCCAGUAUAAAAAAAAAUAUAUAUAUAUAUAAAAAUGUAUUCACUAACUGUAAGUCGCUCUGGAUAAGAGCGUCUGCUAAAUGACUAAAAUGUAAAUGUAAAUGUAAUCGCUGCCAAAUGUGCUUUUAAAAAGUAUUGACUCAGGAGUGUGAAUACUUAUGUAAAUGAGAUAUUUCUGUAUUUCAUUUUCAACAAAUUUGCUAAAAUUUCUAAAAACAUGUUUUCACUUUGUCAUUAUUGGGUAUUGUGUGUAGAUGGGUGAGACAUUUUUAAAAAUUAUUAUCCAUUUUGAAUUCAGGCUGUAACACAACAAAUAUGGAAUAAGUCAAGGGGUAUGAAUUAUUUCUGAAGGCACUAUAUAUCAUGGAUCUCAUGGUCACUCCAAGGCUACCAACCCUCCUCUGCCAGGCUUGUACCACAGGUACACAGUGUAUAGACUAGCUAGCAGACUCACAGCUGAGAACUGAGACUUCCCCAAAGCCUCUCUCCCUCUGACAGCAGCCCUAGCCUGCCCCCUAGGGUCAUGGGAGUGGCGGUACACCCUUUGAUGAUGGCGAUGCUAUGCUAAUGGGGGUGGUUGGUUCUUUGCCUAUGGUCUGUUUGUGUCUGUGUGUAGUUGUCUGACAAAUGUUAGCUGUAGAUGUUGUGCUGACCUGUGUCUUCUUCUUCUUCUUCUUCCUCCUAUCUCUCUGCAGCACACCCUGGAGACGGCGUUGCUGUCUGCCAGUCAGGAGAUAGAGCAGAGCUCUGACAACCCACCAGCCGUACAGAGCCUUAUACAGCAGAGAGACGUACUGCAGAAUGGACUGCUCAGUACCUGUAGAGAACUAUCACGAGUCAACACUGUGAGUUCAUGUUUAUACACACACACUGUACAUGCAGAUGUCCACACACACACUGAUCAGUACCUGUCAAGAUCUCUCCAGGAUAAAUGCUGUGAGUCAGUGCACACACACAGGCUGUCUAGAAGUGACACCCUCUCGUCCCUCAGGAGUUGGAGCGGUCGUGGAGGGAGUAUGAUAAAAUGGAGUCUGGCGUCUCUCUGGCCAAAACCAACCUGUUGGAACAGCUAGAGGCCCUGGGCAGCCCACAGGUAAGACUCUCUCCUCUCUCUCUCUCUCUCUCGGUCUCUCUAAUCUCUCUCUCUUAUCCUCUCUCUUGUCCCUCUCUAGUCUCCUCUCUGUCUCUCUCUCUCUCUUUGUCUCUCUCUCUGUGUUUUCUAUCUCUCUCUCUGUCCUCUCCUCUCCUCGUGUCUGUCUCGGAGAGGAAGAGAGAGAGGGCGGUGUCUCUCUAGAGCGGUGUAUCGCUCCUGUCUUUAGCAGCCCACUAUGUUUUCUCUCUCUAUGUCCUAGAUAUCGCUCGUAUCGGUCUCUCCUCUCUAGAGCGAGGCGGUGUUCUCUCUAUCCUAUCUCUAUCUUCUCUCUGUGUCUCUCUCAUCUCGUGUCUCUUCUCUCUCUGUCUCUCUUGUUUCUCUCUCUUCUGUGUCUCUUCUCUUCUCUCUGUCUCUCUCUCUGUCUCUCUCUCUGUCUCUGUCCCUCUCUCUCUCUCUCUCUCUCUCUCUGUCUCUUCUCUCUCUCUCUCUCUCUCUGUGUCUCUCUCUCUCUCUCUCUAUAUCUCUCUCUCUCUCUGUGUCUAUCUCUCUCUCUGUCUCUCUCUCUGUCUCUCUGUGUCUCUCUCUCUCAGUCUCUCUGUGUCUCUCUCGCUCUCUCUCUCUCAACCACUCACACACAUGCAAACACACAUUUCAAGAUGGAGAGUGUUUUUAAGCAUUGUUUGUCACUGGGUGAGCAGACAGAGCCUCCCAGCCAGCAGCAUGUCCAGAUCCAAAAGGAGCUGUGGAGGAUCCAAGAUGUGAUGGAGGCUCUGGCCAAGAACAAACCCCAGAGGACCACUGACACUGGUUUCCUUGGUUCCAAACCCAUCUCAAACCUACAGAAGAACGAGGUGAGUCUCACUUCUACUGUGUGGACAAAGAAAAACAUCAGAAAAUGUAAACACCAGAUAAAUACUGUAUAUAGUCAUAAUCUGUGCAUGGAGUCUUUGUGAACUGAUUUAGAGCUGUCCGCAGCCUACAUGUGAAACGGAUGUGAGGCAGAUAACUCCACUCAAUGCCACAGGAGGCUGUGCUGAUCUGUCUAAGCAGGGUCUGGUGUGGCAUACUGUUGUCCCAGCGGUGUUUCAACAACAACUUUCUAUCUAUCCUCUCCUCAUGCGGCAGCCGGUGACCUUGUUCCGGUCACUCUGUCCUCUCCUGGAGGGUGACCGUCAGCCCCCCCGCCCGCCCCUCCCCCAGUCCUACGGCUCAACAGAGCGCCCUCCCGCUGUACCCCCCCUUCCCUCCCUCUCGGGCGCCCGUCCGCCCCCACACACAAGCAAGCCCAGUCAGAGGAACGGAACACACAGCAGUGUAAGACACGCUGACCCCUCACCCCUGUCCUCGUGCUUCAUCAUCGCUACUUGCCCUUAAGCACUGAUCUAGGAUCAGUUUACCCUCACCCAAUUCUAAUCUUAACCGUUAGGGCGAGGUAAUACAAAACUGAUCUUAGGUCAUUGUCUAGGGGCAACUUCAUCCUACUCUGUACAAUACCAGUACAAGUUGACCCCUGACCCUCCACCUUUACCCUCACCAUACAUGGUUCAUCUCUCAUCGCCAACUUGGUUCACCGUUGUGACUAUUUUCAUUUGCUCUGAACCAUUUGUCAUUUGUUUUACCAUUUGUAGACAUUCCGAUUUUUCCCUGCCUCUUACCCUGGAGUGUUGAGUUUGACGUGUUCAUUCCUUUGGUUUAUCAUCAGUUUGUUCUUCGGUUUGGCUUGUUCUUGUUUCCAUGGAAGCGUGUGUGAUUCCAUCCCAGUUGUCAUUCUGACUGUGUCUGAGUGCUGUGCUGUGCUGCGGUGUGACUACUCUUAAUGUUUGGAGAUUUCAGUUUAAACGUUUUCUGCUUUUAAAUUUCCCUCGACUAUCCAUAGGUCACAUCCAUCGUGACCACUUUGUGAACUGCGUGUGUGCGGGCGGGCGUGCACAUGCGCACGUGCCUGUGUGUGUUUCCUAUGUGUGUACCUCUCAGUAUGCUGACUCCCUGUCCCUCUACAGCAAGGUCCAGACUACCGUUUGUAUAAGAGUGAACCAGAGCUGACCACUGUAGCUGAGGAGGUGGAUGAUAACAAUUUAGAGGACAAUGACAAGGACAGACUACAAACAGAGCUGACCACUGACAAGGAGCCUGCGGCCACUAAAGGUCAGUCGCUGUCUGUCAACACUGUCCAGUUUGGUCACGCUGCCACCGCUGUUUCAAGCUGGAUACAGGCUAGGGUUAAAACCAUUGUAAUUCAGUGAAUUCAAAUCAAAUCAAAUCAAAUCAAAUUUUAUUGGUCACAUGCGCCGAAUACAACAGGUGCAGACAUUACAGUGAAAUGCUUACUUACAGCCCUUAACCAACAGUGCAUUUAUUUUAAACAAAAAAAGUAAGAAUAAAACAACAACAAAAAAAAGUGUUGAGAAAAAAAGAGCAGAAGUAAAAUAAAAUGACAGUAGGGAGGCUAUAUAUACAGGGGGGUACCGUUGCAGAGUCAAUGUGCGGGGGCACCGGCUAGUUGAGGUAGUUGAGGUAAUAUGUACAUGUGGGUAGAGUUAAAGUGACUAUGCAUAAAUACUUAACAGAGUAGCAGCAGCGUAAAAAGGAUGGGGUGGGGGGGCAGUGCAAAUAGUCCGGGUAGCCAUGAUUAGCUGUUCAGGAGUCUUAUAAUAAUAAAUAAUAAUAUAUGCCAUGGCUUGGGGGUAGAAGCUGUUGAGAAGUCUUUUGGACCUAGACUUGGCACUCCGGUACCGCUUGCCGUGCGGUAGCAGAGAGAACAGUCUAUGACUAGGGUGGCUGGAGUCUUUGACAAUUUUGAGGGCCUUCCUCUGACACCGCCUGGUAUAGAGGUCCUGGAUGGCAGGAAGCUUUGCCCCAGUGAUGUAUUGGGCCGUACGCACUACCCUCUGUAGUGCCUUGCGGUCAGAGGCCAAGCAGUUGCCAUACCAGGCGGUGAUGCAACCAGUCAGGAUGCUCUCGAUGGUGCAGCUGUAGAAUUUUUUGAGGAUCUGAGGACCCAUGCCAAAUCUUUUUAGUCUCCUGAGGGGGAAUUCAAGAAGUAAUUAGAAAUUCCAAAUGUUAACACAUACAAGGUAUACUUAUAAAGAGUAUUAUAAGUAUGAUUUAAAAAGGGUUUCUAAGUACUUUAUAAACUGAAUGUAAAAAAUGUAACACCUCUAAUGGCUUUGUAACUGACCUAGUCCCUCAUCCCUCCCAGUCCCAUUAGGAGUACCAGUCUACCCAGUGGGUAUCGUGCCCCCCAGGACCAAAUCCCCCAUGAGCCCCCCAGAGUCCUGCACCAUAGCCUCCUACGUCACCCUGAGGAAAAGCAAGAAGCCUGACCCCAGGACUGUAAGUCUGACUCAGCACUUUAGGGAAUAGCAGGGGAACUGAGCUAUAUACUGUAUCUAGACAUAUUAGAAACGUUUUUUUUGAUAGACAGGACAGCACUAAUUUUGGAUUCGGAAGUGCUGCUGUUACUAUUCAUUCCCUGCCAUUUUGACCACUGCAAGCGCUGGAGAUGGACAGAAUACAGUGGGGGAAAAAAGUAUUUAGUCAGCCACCAAUUGUGCAAGUUCUCCCACUUAAAAAGAUGAGAGAGGCCUGUAAUUUUCAUCAUAGGUACACGUCAACUAUGACAGACAAAUUGAGAGAAUUUUUUCCAGAAAAUCACAUUGUAGGAUUUUUAAUGAAUUUAUUUGCAAAUUAUGGUGGAAAAUAAGUAUUUGGUCACCUACAAACAAGCAAGAUUUCUGGCUCUCACAGACCUGUAACUUCUUCUUUAAGAGGCUCCUCUCUCCUCCACUCAUUACCUGUAUUAAUGGCACCUGUUUGAACUUGUUAUCAGUAUAAAAGACACCUGCCCACAACCUCAAACAGUCACACUCCAAACUCCACUAUGGCCAAGACCAAAGAGCUGUCAAAGGACACCAGAAACAAAAUUGUAGACCUGCACCAGGCUGGGAAGACUAAAUCUGCAAUAGGUAAGCAGCUUGGUUUGAAGAAAUCAACUGUGGGAGCAAUUAUUAGGAAAUGGAAGACAUACAAGACCACUGAUAAUCUCCCUCGAUCUGGGGCUCCACGCAAGAUCUCACCCCGUGGGGUCAAAAUGAUCACAAGAACGGUGAGCAAAAAUCCCAGAACCACACGGGGGGACCUAGUGAAUGACCUGCAGAGAGCUGGGACCAAAGUAACAAAGCCUACCAUCAGGGUAACACACUACUAGAGUGCAUUUGGAUGAUCCAGAAGAGGAUUGGGAGAAUGUCAUAUGGUCAGAUGAAACCAAAAUAGAACUUUUUGGUAAAAACUCAACUCGUCGUGUUUGGAGGACAAAGAAUGCUGAGUUGCAUCCAAAGAACACCAUACCUACUGUGAAGCAUGGGGGUGGAAACAUCAUGCUUUGGGGCUGUUUUUCUGCAAAGGGACCAGGACGACUGAUCCGUGUAAAGGAAAGAAUGAAUGGGGCCAUGUAUCGUGAGAUUUUGAGUGAAAACCUCCUUCCAUCAGCAAGGGCAUUGAAGAUGAAACGUGGCUGGGUCUUUCAGCAUGACAAUGAUCCCAAACACACCGCCCGGGCAACGAAGGAGUGGCUUCGUAAGAAUCAUUUCAAGGUCCUGGAGUGGCCUAGCCAGUCUCCAGAUCUCAACCCCAUAGAAAAUCUUUGGAGGGAGUUGAAAGUCCGUGUUGCCCAGCGACAGCCCCAAAACAUCACUGCUCUAGAGGAGAUCUGCAUGGGGCAAUGGGCCAAAAUACCAGCAACAGUAUGUGAAAACCUUGUGAAGACUUACAGAAAACGUUUGACCUGUGUCAUUGCCAACAAAGGGUAUAUAACAAAGUAUUGAGAAACUUUUGUUAUUGACCAAAUACUUAUUUUCCACCAUAAUUUGCCAUUAAAUUCAUAAAAAAUCCUACAAUGUGAUUUUCUGGAUUUAUUUUCCUCAUUUUGUCUGUCAUAGUUGAUGUGUACCUAUGAUGAAAAUUACAGGCCUCUCAUCUUUUUAAGUGGGAGAACUUGCACAAUUGGUGGCUGACUAAAUACUUUUUUCCCCCACUGUAUGUCACCAAUAGACAGGCAGAAGAAAACAUACUUGGUGUAAUAAUAAUCCAACGUGACUGAUCCCUGCUCCACUGCUCCCCCUGUAGGACCGUCCUCACAGUGCGGUGGAGCAGACGUGCAGACCAGGGGAGAGGGAGAGCGGCAGAGCCAGGAUGAGUGUAGAGGAGCAGCUGGAGAGGAUCAGGAGACACCAGCAGGCCACGCUCAGGGACAAGAAGAGAAGUAGCAGCACUGUUUCCCCCUCACGCUCUCCAUCCUUCUCCAAGGAGAACCCCUUCAUUACACAGGUAAGUCCUCCUCUGUUUGGUGUGUGUGUUUGAUAGGACUUGAUGUGUACAUGACAACAGAGGAAGCUGGGGGGGGGGGGGGGGGGGGUGUCUGUCUGUGUGUGUGUGUUGAUAAACCUUGUUUCACAGAGUUGAGUGUGGUUGUGUACACACUGUAAAACUGAGUUAUUCAUUUGGCUUGUGUGUGCUACAGGUCAGGCGGGAGGAGGCAGUCUACACAGACACCCGGGAGCUGGAGGCAGCACUGCAAGACCUGGAGGAGGUCAGAGACCGAGUUACAGAGCAGCUGGAGAGGGACAGGACUGCAGCCGUGGAGUUGGAGAGAGACAGAGGUGCAGAACUGGAGCUGGAGAGAGACAGGGCUGCAGCAGCUGCAGAAGAAGAAAUGGAGAAGGGUCGAGCUGCCAUAGAAAAGCUGGAGAGAGACAUGACUGAGGUGGCUGCAGUGGUGGAGCAGGAGAUGGCCAGGACUGCUAUGGCUGGAGACGAGGAGUUGGAGAUGGACAGGGCUGCAGAAUUGGAGCUGGAGAGAGACCGGACCGCAGUGGCAGCAGCUGCAGAAGAAUUGGAGAGGGCUAGAGCUGCAGCUGAAGAACUAGUCAGAGAGAGGACUGCAGUGUCUUCGGAAGAGGCGCUAGAUAUUGACGAGGCUGCAUUGGUGGAGCUGGAGAUGGAAAUCACUGUAGUGGAGGAGAUCAGCUACAGAGCUGAGGAGGUGGAUGUCAUCCCUGUUCCCAGGCUGAGUGCGGAGGAGCCACAGCCCCAGACGGAGUGCACCAUCAUGGACACAGAGGUACGGGAGAGUCCCUACUCACACAGACCACCAGACAGCAGAAUAUGUAUGGCAGACAAUAUCAUUUGA